AUGUUAGCUGCCACGGAUAUCAACAGUUCAUUCAUGACAAGCACUCCGCAACCGCCGUUUCCGCUGGUGCGAGGCAAGUCGUCGUCGUCCCUAAAGGACGAGGGCAAAAAGAGGCUGGUGAAAAAGUUUACUGCUGGUAAGGUGAUGGCGCACAACAGGAACAACUCCUACGGCAAGAACCUGAACAAGCUGACGAGAAUCACCUCACUAGAGCCUCAGGACAGUGUGAUAUCAGAGGAUAGGCCCAAGAUGAACCGGUCGAAGAGUUCCGACCUGAUUCUCUCAAAGUCAUCCCAAAGGUCACGGUCCAGCAACAAGCUCAACACACUGGCCUCAACUAAAAAGAGCAGUACGAAUUUGUUCAACCAUCCUCUGAAUAGACCGAGGUCUAGAGGAAGCAAGGUUAUUAUUGAAUUCAGCGAUAACAAGCAAGAAUCGGACGAAGACGAGGAGGAGGUGGAAGAUUUCAACGACAACGUCAAGGUCCUAGGUGUUGAACAAAGCAGAAUUGAAGAAACACCGGAACCGGAUUCGCCCGAAGAGGAACAAAACGACAAUUACACAGCAAAAGAAAGGUCAGACAUAUUGACGGCAUACAAUUCCGGAUUUUUGCUAUCUCAGUCUACUGGCGUAGAGAGACCACUGGCAGUCAACUCAGUUGCUCCCCAUAACCACAACCUUCACAACCUCAUGUUAAAUAACAAAGUUUCUCAAGCGGGAAACUAUUUUGGACUGUCAGCGAAAAGGCCCCCCUUUGCUUCUAGAUUAUCAUCUCGGGGGUCGUUGAACCAGGUCGAACAGACUUUCACACCAGCUGGGUCUGAACCUGCAUCGCUAUCGAACCAAAGUUCCCAGUUGAUCUUUCAGCCUUCUUCUACGGGAUUGAAUAAAGAGAUUUCCCACCAAGACAGAACCUCCGAUAAACCUUCAAUCAAGGAUUUCUCGGACUUUCUGAGUACGAAGUCAUCGUCCGUUGAAACCAGAACGCAGCAAAAGCUAUGGCUGCAGCGCGAGAGUGCACUAUUGCCUAGUUCGGGAGAUUCCUCAACAAAUCUGGUGGGAGCUUAUGCUACAAACUCUCAGUUCCGCACGGAAUUUGAGAAGUUUGCGAGGGAAUACCUGAACGUGAGGAGGUAUGUCAAUCCCACCGUUGAGUCUUUGAAGCGGAUAGACAUUCCUCGGGUGAAGCUUGCUAAGAAUCGGAGAGCACAGGACAUCGAGUCUGUUUCGAGGGAAAACUCUGCGUUUGCUUUCCAACAAAGACAGGAUUCCAAUGAAGUUCAGAAGCAUCUGGCGAGGAUGUGGCAGAAUGGAUGCAAUCAGCAUCUACCUCAGAAACCUGAACUGAGGAAUCAAGACAGGUUCUCAAGCAGUCUCAAAAGUCAAAGAGACCAGGAGGGUACGGCGUUUGGGAAUGUGAACUUAGCCAUGACGCAGACCGCACUUGCUUCGCCUCAAGCGCCUACGACCAGAGCGCAGGCCGCUAGAGGCCAAUUGACGAGAACCAAUACAGCUCCUGGAAUGAUGAAUGGGGCUCAAGUGCAUAUUAGUGGUAAGAUGGUAAGCAAUUGA